UUAUGAGUCUAAAUUCGUGGAAAAUUCCCACUGCUGUUCAUCGGCCCCGAAAUGAUUCUAGUGCUGACGAGUCCGCGCACCAAACACCAUUUCGUACGGCCAUUCUUUAACUUUAUAGAGGGGCCAAAGGUCCAAAAAUAGUAGCGGAAUUUCGGACACAUUGGCUAGGCAUCCAGCGCCCAGAGUAAACUGGCCAUUCAAUGCGGGUAUUGAAGCGUUUAAAGACCCAUGAUGGCGGUAUUCAGCUCAAGCUUGUCGUAGAAAGCCAUGACGAUCUCUGGUGCCUCUACAAUAUCUGCUUCAAGGGAGAUGUGAUUGAGGCGUUCACCUCAAGGAAGAUCAAGAGUGAAGGCGCUGGUUCCAUCUGUGUGAAGCAGGAGAUUAAGAAAUUUACCAUCAAACUCGCCAUUGAGUCCGUUGAAUACACGUCUUCCUACGAUGAUUUACACAUUUCCGGCAAGAACGCGUCGGAAAAUCCUUACAUCAAGAUCGGUCAAUACCAUACAGUCGAUGUGAACAUUGGAUCAACAGUUGUGCUUUACAAGGACGAAUGGAAUGGGUUUUGCGAGGGAAAACUCUCUGACGUUUCCAACUCAACAAAACAAGCGGAACUUGCGUUUUUGGUCAUUGAUAAUGGCGUUGCAACGUUCUUUUUGCUCACACAGUAUACCACGAAGCAGGUUUUCAAAAUUUACCACAAUAUACCGAUACGGAAAAGUUCAAAUUUGCGUGUUACAAAUAACCAAAAGGCAUCAGAGACGUUUUACAAGUUGAUUCUAGAAAAGUUGGCACAAUGCCUGGACUUUACCGUCUUGAAAUCAGUCGUGGUAACUGGACCAGGAAUGAUAAAGGAAUCCUUUCUCGAUUACACUCGGUCAAAUGCUCUGAAUUUGAACUAUACCGAAAUACACAAGAAUAUAAACAAGUUUGUGCUUUGCAAUUCCUCGUUUGCAGACAGAAAUGCAAUUACAGAGGUUUUAGCAAACUCUGAUACAUCGCAAAAGAUAAGCUCCAUGCAAUAUAUGGAGCAUGACAAGAUUUUAAAAGAGGUUAAAAUGAAGUUGGAAACAAACGACGAUAAAUUAUGCAUUGGAAUGGAGGAUAUAACAAAUGCUGUAGAUUUAGGAGCGGUGGAUCGCGUUCUCAUUAGUGAUUUCAUCAUUAGAAACGCAUCAGGUGAAAAACGCAAAGAGAUACAAAAACUGGUAGAUGAUAUCAAAGGACACGGCGGAAAAGUCUACUUUUUAUCAGACGCCCACUGUGCAACCGAGUAUGUCAAAAACCUUACCGGUAUAGUAGCACUCUUGCGCUUUUCAAUAGAGUGAAUUUUUACACGUGUUUA